AUGUAUCAUGUAUCGGAAAUUGUUCGUGAUGCUCAACGUAAUUUCACUGAACGUUCUGAUUCGACAAUUCUCUCGUUUCCUAGUUUUCUAUCCACGACCCUUUCAGUAUUUACACCAUUUCCAUUCUUAAUUUCCUUAUGUGGCCAAAUUUGUACUAAUUUAGUACGUCGUGGUCCUAAUUUAGUCAAACAAGCAACUGGUGCAACACGUGAUUAUCUGGUCGAGACACUCACGUGUUCACGUAAUCAAGUGAUCAAGUAUCGUCUCCUCUGUCGACGCACAGGUCAAGGUCUGUUCUAUCGCCUCAAGCUACAGAUUGAGACCGUCGAACUACCGCGAGUUUUUCUUCCCAUACAGACGCAAGUCGCCAUUCCAUUGAUUGCUGGCAUUGAACAAGUGGCUCAAUUUCUCACGAGUGAAGAACUGCCGGAACUUUAUUUUGUAGCCAAGAAUUCCAUCAGUCAGAGGUUUGCUCUCGGACAUUUGAUAUUGCGACCACUAGGAGCGAUGGAGAGUGUUGUGCACUAUGUUGUGAUCUUUCCAAGUCAGAUUGUCUUUCCAUCUCGAGCGGAGAUUGAAGAUCGAACGGAUUUAUUCCUUGAAGGAAGUACAAGUCGUGUGAAGUCAAUGGUGGAAUAUUUAUACUCUGCCACGGAAGUAUUGGAUCAGCAUUUAAGCAUGGUCCAGUGGAAUAUCCUUGGACGAGGACCAUACGAAUCAUUAAGUCUCGCACGACGUUCGGAAGUCAUUCGAUCGGUCUAUCAACGGAUGCGUAUCAUUGCAUCGCAUUAUAAAUUGUUUGAAUUCUUAGCCACCAUCAAGUUGCAGAAUGAAAUGCUGUACAACGAUUUACAGCGCGAGUUUCCUAAUGUUGGUGGUGUUCCACUCACACUGCAGCAAAUUGCAGCUAACAAAACACUCACUGCGGAAUUGGCAGAACAAGAUGAAAAUACGUUUCCUAUCUGGUUCUACAAGAAGAUCCAUGCAUCCAGUGGCAACGGACGAGUCUUGCCCAGUGGAUUGAAUGGACGCAGUAAACCAACUUCAGACACGAGCAGUACAGCGCAUUUGAACCCAUCUAGUCAGUGUACUUCUACUACCACUACGACAGGUGCAAGUGGAUCUGGAGGUUGGAUUGAGUUUCCUGCCCAUGAGGGUCGUCGUCUUGAACGGAAGUUUAGGUGGUAUCAGUGGCAGAAGAGCAAGGUGCUGGGCCCGAUAGGACCUUCUCGAAUCGUUUUGGUGGAUGAAGGUCGCCAUGAGGUCGACUUGGAGACUAUGCGCAUGACGCCAGUGUACUGGCCAGCUCUUGAGGAAAUUGUUGUAUGCCGUUCUUGUUGGGUCUUUGCCCAACGCAAUUACGGACUGGCUCCGUACAGUUCAGAAGCUGCAGCUGUUUUAGAAAAUGCUUUCGUGUAUUACCUGGGGCUGUAUUCACUUGAGAAGCAACGUUUGAUGGAGAUAGAGGCAAAAAAGCCGCGUGGUUUCUUUAGCUCUCGCAAUAGUCACAGCGAGUCGGUUCUGGCAAGUCGCGUUGAGAAAGAUUGCACUCUUAGAAUCCCGGUCGAAGGGCAUCUUGUCGAGUUUAAAGGCGCACAAGACAUUAUGCAAUACAAGCACUUGCUGGCAGGCACGACACCGUUCACAAGUAAGCGUCGUGUGUAUCGCGGAGACCCGCGCGUGCGUGCUGAUCCGACCACUUUGCAGCUUUGGAAGGAUGCUAUGAAAUGUGACUUAUCUACAGGCAAACCGCUGAAGGUGAUCGAAGACGACAGGGAUAUUGAAGAGAAAAUCGAACAUCUUGUACUCAUUGUGCACGGCAUUGGCGAUGCGCUAAAGACACUUGAUCUGAUUAACGUUGUGACGUUGCGCUCUAUUAUCGAUUGUUCGACAACACUGCGGGAGUUGAACCGUGAGGCUCUUUGCUCCGCGCAUUUUGCUCACUUGGGUGACGAGAACGCCGAGAAAACUGCAAAAGACGACGACAAAGCAGCCUCGCGCCGACCACGUGUGGAAUUCCUGCCUAUUGAGUGGCACUCAAAACUACACAUGGAAGGCUUGGACCAGCUUAUACGAGAUGUGACGUUGCCAGCAAUUCCUAAGCUUCGUGAGCUAGCUAACGACACCGUUUUGGACAUACUGUUCUUCAUGUCGCCACUCUUUCACCAGGUCAUCUUGGACGAAGUUGCGAAGGAAAUGAAUCGCGUGUUUACACUAUUUCAGUCACGUCACCCGGACUGGAUGGAAUCGGGAUCUUCCCGUGCUUUCGGAGACAAGCGCAAGAAAGUGUCAAUAGUUGCUCACUCUCUGGGUUCCAUCAUCUGUUUUGAUAUUCUGAAUCACCAGGAUGUGUACAUGCAGCAACCUCGAAGCAUGCCGUGCACAGAUGACGAAGGUGGUAGCGACGAAGAAGACGUGAUAAUCGGGUACAGCCGCGAGAGCAAGGGUGAUAGCAGCAUGGGUCCAGGCAACGAUGGAGAUACAGCGAUGAUGCCAGACAAUAUAUUUGGUUUUGACGCAACUGUUACGAACGCAACGUUGAAGCGGCGCUCUUGGUCGAUGUCGGAAAUGUCAAAUACAAACCACACUUGGAGCAGCACGUGGUACCGAGAAAAUGCUUGCCAAGGCGCGUUCCCCAAGACCGCAAGUACCCAUCGCGCUGGUUGGAAAAGGUCUUCGACCACGCCUCGCCAGAAGAAGACAAUGUAUUACAAGAACAAAUCUGCGACGAAACACCAGGUGUCUGGGUGCGCUACUGCUCCGCCUGCAGGCAGUGGUGCUGUUCCACUGGUACCAAAGCUUGCGUUCGACGUAGAGAAUCUCUUUUGCUUCGGGUCUCCAGUGGGUUUAUUUCUGAAUGUGCGGGGACAGAAGCUGGAUCGUGACUUCCAGCUCCCGCGCUGUCGCCGUUUGUUUAACAUCUAUCACCCGUACGACCCGGUGGCUUACCGCAUUGAGCCCAUUUUGAAUCCUGCACGCGCUCAUUCAAAGGCAGCAAUCAUUCGCACGUUUGAGGGCAAGCUGCGACUUCAGUACCAACUACGCAAUUCGUUCCGUGCAAUGUGGGCUUCUCUUCGUCAUUGGCGUCGGGAUUUUGAGCAUCAGGUGCUUGCUGGUGCGCACCGUGUGGGGCUCGUGGAAUACCCUGCUUCAAUGAAACCAUUGUCGGAUGCACUAGCGGUUGUAGCGCAACCGUAUCAAUUGCAAUGGCGCUUAGGAGAGGAGACUCUGGACGAGCAGCAGAGAGAGGAGCGAGAAGGUGAUGAAACUAUCAAGAAUGUAACGGUGUUUGGUCACUUGUGUCAAGGACUUCCGAUUGAUUAUUCUCUUCAGGAGAACGAGAUUGAAAUUGCAAACGAGUAUUUAUUUGCCUUGACGGCGCACGUUAUUUACUGGAGCAACCGCGACGCAAGUCUAUUUGUCGCGCAGAAGCUCAUUUUAGAACCAGCGCUUGAGAAUUGGCCUCUUUGUGAGCAGAAAAUCAUAGCAAGGAAGUUUUCGGAUCAUGAGGCAAGAAAGACUUCGAACUAUGAGCACGAGGGCAAUGGUGAAACGGCUACAUGUCAUAAAGUGGAUAAUGAUACAAUAUUGCAUGAAAAAGAGGAGACAACAGCUUCAUCGGAAGUAUCUUCAGCUUCAGACAGUGAAUUCCACGUCGUGUCAUUGUGUCAAGUCGGACAUGAGGAUACCGGUAUUGUAACUGUUUCUUACGAAAGGUUAUGA